AUGGUGACUUUAUCUGAGGACGACUUCAACAGUCUAUCACUACAAGUUAAAAUACCAUCUAGCUCAUUAAAGACAUCACUUCAGACCCGACAUGGUAUAAACAAUCUGUACCUACAUGUACUCAAACAGAUACUCAAACACAUACGUGACAGGUACGACACGAAUGUUUCCAUCACUGGCAACAAAGAUGUCAUUGUAGAAAGAUUGGCAAAGUUGGUAAUAUCGUCGUCUACAUCAUCUUCAUCGGUAGCCGGCCUAUCUUAUCAUGUACCCCGUACACGUGUUCAAACACCUCGCUAUGGUACACCCGUCACGGCCAUCACCAGAAAGAGGACAUCAUCAGGUAGCAGUAACGGCAGUAGCAGUAGCAGUGUCAGCAGUUUAUAUCCACUACCCAGAUCAUCUAUACUAAAGAGCAUUGCAAAACUCACUGCAAAGAAGACGGCGGCGCCUUCACCGGUGCAGGGCAUCGAGUGGAAGACAUUCACAGACAAUCAAUCGAUCCUGUUCCAACAUGUCAAGGCAAUUGGCGAGUACAAGAUAUGGAAAGGAUCCAUUGGGACCGAGGCAGAGUUCAAGAUCGACGACGAAGUCUUUCCAAAGCUCAGAACGACCAAGGAGCAACAACAACAAAUCGAUGAUGAACUGUUCAUUCACGUUCGUCUUGUCAACCAACGCUCAACCGUUCUACCCUAUACCAGUGACAUGCACUUGACAAUCAAUGGCAAUCAAGUGGACUUUCCACACAAUGUACGCAAGCCAUCAGGAUGCAAAGCACCUUUAAUAUUAUUCAAACCAAUGGACAUCACAACGUACGUCAAUAAGGGUCGUAACACAUUGUCUUGGAAGUCAUCAGUCAAGCAUCAAGGAUACAUGGUGGUGCAAGUUGUCAAGAGUAUACCAAUGGAUCAGUUGGUUGAACAAGCAAAGAGUAGAGAGACAAACAGUCAAACGACAGCACUGUUACAACCAAAGAAUGCUGAUCAGGACAUUGAGGAGCUAUCAUAUGACAUCUCUGCUCGAUGUCCACUCGCCAUCAUGAAGAUUUCACAUCCUGCAAAGACAAGUAAUUGCAAACACCUUCAAUGCUUUGAUUUAAAUUAUUUUAUAAGAUUCUCCUUCCAACAGCAGAUAUGGAACUGUCCCGUAUGCCAGUGUCAAGCACCACCAAUCAGUCUUGUCUUUGACAGCUUCACCAACAACAUACUAAAGCAGAUCCCAGUCGACUGCUACAAUAUCACACUACAGCCAGAUGGUUCGUGGAAGACAUCAUCAUCUGAGCAUCAGUCUAUCAGUGUGGAGGCCAAGGCAUCAUCAGGGUCAGUCGAGAUUGAUCUUGAUGCAUAUUCUCCAAUCGAUUGCAAUUAUAUGGACGAUGCAUUUGAUGUGGAUGCAGAUGAUGAUGAUGCCGACGAUGUGGAGCGUGCAGACGCAGACGCGGACGCGGAUGCAGAUGUAGAUAUAGUAGAGGAUCAACCAAUGACUGGCAGUGACCCAAUCAAUGAAGACAUGGCCGUUGGUUGCGACUCAUAUGACGAUGAUGAUGAUUACUACCGCACAACCUUCAACAACAACGACAACAUGGCCGCCACCAGCUCCGACAGCAAUGAGAUCAUAAACGACGACGAUUACAACGAACCCAUUGCCAUACAAGAUGAUAUCAACAAUUACAACCUUGACAAUAACGAUCCAUACGACGACGACGACGAUAUUAUGAAUGGACCAAUUGAUCAAGAUGACCCUCCUCCAAGAGCUUCUUGGGCGAAACCUUAUAUUCCAUCAACGCCUAGCACUCCAAUAUCCAAUGGAAAUGGAACAAGAUCAACAACAACGACACCUCAACAACCACCAGCACAACAACCAGCACAACGAUCAACACCAUUACAACAAACACAGUCACAAUCAUCAUCCACGACGACCAACGGAACACCUCUCAGAUCAUCUUCCAGUACAUUUGGAACACCAACAACCUCCACCUCCUGGAUGGAUGUCGACUCAUUCAUAGAGAUAAGCGAUGACGACACUUGA